AUGGACACUCUUGAAGAACUUGUUGAACAGUCCGACAGACUGCUUAUGGAAAUUCAAGGUGAUACAGACCUCCCUAUGAUUACGCGGAGCCUCGAGCAAAUGGGUUCUUUUGGAGAAAAAUUAUGUUCGUCACGUGGUGUGAGAAGCGAUAUAAAAGCUGCCCGUUUGCUGGGACCCACGGUAGACUACGACCUUCCAAAUAACUUGUCCGCUAAAUUGGAGUUUUUAACUCAGGCUGGGGAUAUUGAGUUUUCAAAGCCUAAAGUGGACAUGGACAUACAUACAUUUUUGAGAUGUGAACGAGAAAAUAUUCUGUUUACCGCAAACGAACAGGUGAAACGGUCGGUUUUUGACGAAAUUGAUUCAGUUUGUCGUCGGGCCACUUCAUCUUGGUGGGACCGCCAAGCUGCUGCUAUCUUAACCGCCCUUGCCAGUUCUUCCGGCCCCAUUGACUCGGCUAUUCUUCACUCCUGUCCAUCCACGGAUACCUCCACGAGUCGUGAAUGCUUUCCUCGUGUUGCGUCCGUCGAUUUCUCAGCUGACCCACAGUCAACUUUAUCAAAACAGGAGCUGUUUUAUGCCAAUCAGAUCGAUGGCUAUCUUUCAGAAACUCUGACUACUUCCAAUACCGUCUUCUUACAUCAGGCUGCGAUUAACUCUGGUACCCUUAACAAACCAUCACUUUUCAAUCUUCUCUACACCGCUUCAAAUGCUAAAUCCGUUUUCUUUGAUGAAUCCAAACACACUGACUUUUGUGAAGUUUUUCGUCUUAUCAAACGUAUGUUCUCAAUUUCGGCCUUAAACGUUGAUGAUGUUGGCUCAUCGGAAACACCCCUCCUUGAUCUCCCCCUUCCUGUAACCCAUGACAGAGCUCUGGAAGUGCGAUCGGGCCCUUCUUUACAGAUAGCUUUCCUUAGCAGAGCCAUCGCUCAUUUGGAGGCCGAAUUUAUGGCAUGCUUGCAGGUUGUUGUUUCUGCUAAUCCUCGCCUGGCUCAAUUGGGUGGUCGGCCUGGUGUUAGAUCGUUAGUCCGGGCUUUUUUAAAUGUUAAAAAUCCGGCUAUGCAGUCAUCUGGGGAUCCAGAUUUUGAAUCAUCCGGCGAUUUCGAGGAUGGUCUUGUGGAUGGUAAGCCAGUGUGGCCCAUGAUAUAUUACUGCCUUCGUUGUGGUGCCCUACGGGAUGCAAUUAGCGUCGCAUCAGAUGCAGCAAAUAACUUGGGGGAAUUUGUCCAAAUUCUGAGUUCCUUCGCAGCCAACGGGAAGAGCCUGCCAGCAAAAUUGGUGACCGGCAUCCGCAAGACGUACCGCCGCGUAGUUAAAACAUCUCGCGACCCAUAUAAAAGAUUAGUAUACUGCCUUCUUGGCCGCUGUGAUCUUUCCGAUGCACACACAAAUGUCGCUCAAAGCAUUGACGAUUUCUUGUGGUUGCGACUCUUGCAAGUCACCAUUAAAGAAAAUGCAAAUGACAACCAAGAUGAUGGUGAAAGCCUCACGAUUGCGCAGCUUCAAAAUCUACUCUAUGAUACAUAUGGAGAAACUUAUUUUGACGCCUGGAACCAGCCACUUAUGUACUUCAAGAUUCUCUGUUUGAGCCAACAAUUCGAAGGAGCACUAGCGUUUCUUGUUCGGAUUGAAGAACUGCGUUGUCAUGCGGUCCAUCUGGCUCUCGUACUCCGUGAAAUGAAAAUCCUCUUGCUUCCAGCCACCACGCACGCCCAAAUAAUUUCUCGUAUUGACUCUGAUCCCUCGGGCUUUCGUCGCCUCAAUUUCGUCCGUCUAUUGCUUCUCUAUACGCGCAAAUUCGAGAUAGACAACCCCGCUCUCUGUGUGAAUUACUACUACUUCCUCCACGAGCUCUCCUCAGAGGAGCGGGGCGCUCCAACGAACCUCUUCGUGCGGUGCGUCGCCGAGCUAGCCAUCCAAACAGGCGAAUUCGAUCUGAUCUUGGGUGUGCCGGGUCCCGGCGGGGUGCGUCAGCCCGGCGCCAUCGACCGUUUCGCCAGCGUCUCCCAACCACCUGAACUCAUUGCCUCUGUGGCAGAAAUGUUAGAGACGAGGGGACAGAUGGCUAAGUCUGCCAGUGUAUACCUCCUUGCUGGAACAUCCAAAACUCUCUUGUCAGCCGUCCGCCUAACCAAUCUCCUUCUCGUUGGGGUUGUGGCCGGAGAGAGGAAUGAGCCUGGCGCUGAGGGUAAAUUCACCAGGCAAACGCUUCUACAAUUGGCUGCAGAGGCACGCCACAGUGUUCGUCGCCUGGACCCAAUCGCCACCACGGCCGCCGCAGGGACCAGCCCCGGUGACGUCGGUGGUGACGUCUCAUGCGCCCUGCAGUCGGCCGUCCAAACCCUCUACUAUCUGCUCGACUUGGCCACCUUUUUCGAUCUGGCCAACGCCGGUCAGUUUCAAGCGGCGCUCGAUCACAUGGACCGCCUCGGUCUCCUGCCGGCGACUCCCGCGAGCGACGAGAUCGACGCCAAAGUGGCCGGCUUCGCGGCCCUCUCCGACCUCGUCCGCAGGCCCAUCCCCAGUGCCCUUGUUCUCCUGAUGCGGUGCCUCGCUGCCAAGGCUUCCGUCGCCAAGGCGACAGGUGACCGCGCCUUGUCUAUCGGCCCAACUGCGAUCGGCGGUCAGUCGGCAGGGCUGGUGGAGGCUCGCGCCAGGGCACAUGCUCUCAUAACAUUCAUCGGUCGAAUUCCCCAUCGCAUGCCUGGCGAAGUUUACAGCACACUCUCCAAACUGGAAAUGCAACUUUCCUCAUCAUGA